CUAGUGUAAUGCUGAAAUUCGUUUUCUUGAUCGUCAUUUUUCGAGUGGCUGUGUUGAAAGUAGGGAGAUACACUUUUGAUUAUGGUUAUUCUUUCGAGUCCGGUGACAUAAGUCGAAGCAACAAAGUUCAGUUAACCGCAAAGAAUAAUUUUUGGUUCCAUACCCGAACUGUACAGUUAGUGAAUUAGAGGAGAAACAAACAAAGAUGGACGCUCACAUAGAAAUGGUGGGACCUGACGUAUCAGCAGUUGAAAAUCUAAUUGGCGUGUCCUUGCAUCUCACCUUUCGUGACCUAUGCUAUACUCCUAAUAAAGGAAAAGAUGCCAAAAGAAUAUUGCACGGGAUGAGCGGCUCGUUCAAGUCUGGCCAUUUGACAGCCAUCUUAGGGCCGUCUGGAGCAGGCAAAUCUUCUCUAAUGAACAUUUUAGCUGGCCUAAAGACUAGCGGAGUCGAAGGCCAAAUCCAGGUGAAUGGCGUUGAUCGAAAGCUUAAAACAUUCCGUAAACAAUCAGCCUACAUCACCCAAGAAGAUCAUCUCCUAUCACAUCUUACCAUCGACGAAUACAUAAUGGCGGCCGCCAAUCUCAAACUGGGCAAUAAAGUAUCCAGCAGUGAAAGAAAAUUAAAGGUCGAAUUGGUGAUGAAAACAUUGGGCUUAACGCACAGCCGGCAUACGCAAAUCGGUUCGUUAUCGGGUGGCGAGUGCAAGCGGCUUUCUAUCGGAUUGGAAUUGCUAAACAACCCAGAUAUUCUGUUUCUCGAUGAACCCACCAGUGGCCUGGACAGCUCAUCAAGUUUACAGUGUAUCGCCUUAUUGCGGGAGAUUGCCCGGAGCGGUCGCACGGUGGUGGCAACCAUUCACCAGCCAAGUUCUCGGUUGCUUGAUUACUUUGAUCACUUAUACAUCGUGGCUAGUGGCAUGUGCAUAUAUCAAGGACCAAUCGGAUCGCUAGUGCCUUAUCUGAACACAGCUAAUUUAGAGUGUCCCAGUUACCACAAUCCGGCCGAUUUCGUAAUGGACGUGGCAUGCGGAGAACAUGGAAACGUACUACCCGUUUUGGUUUCCACCAUCGAUAAUGGUCGUCUCGUUUAUCAGGAAGUUUACGGAUCGACAUUGGUCAUGCCAUCACCACCACCCAAAAGCCGGACAGAUGACGCCACGAACGUCACCAUCACUGUGACGGGCAAUAUCUCAAAGGAAAAGAAGAGAAAGACUUACCCUGCAUCUUUCCAUACUCAAGUAGCCAUUCUUCUCGAACGAACUUGGAGAAGUAUGUGGAGAGACAAGAUGCUGACUCAAGUUCGCUUCGUCACGCACUUUGUUCUCGGCCUCCUCGUAGGCACAAUGUACUGGCUAGCAGGAGAUGACGCUGCUUCUGUCCUCAAUAACGCAUCGAUGCUUUUCUUCAACUUGCUCGUCAUUCUAUUUGCCUCUACAAUGCCAACGGUCGUGACGUUUCCAAUGGAGAGGAACGUUCUUCUUCGAGAACAUUUGAAUCAUUGGUACAGUCUCAAAGCGUAUUAUCUUGCCAAAACGUUAGCCGAUAUCCCAUUUCAGUUUAUUUUCCCUGGUCUUUACGUAUCGAUUGUUUACUUGAUGUCGAACCAACCGAUGAGCAUUGAACGUUAUUGCAUGCUCUUGUGCAUUUCAAUCUGUCUAGCACUUUGCGGACAAGGAAUCGGCUUAUUGCUCGGAGCUAUUUUCGAUAUACAAGUGGCCGUCUUCCUCGCACCUACCGGUUGUAUUCCGUUCGUGCUCUUUGCUGGGUUCUUGGUCAACUUCAAUUGCAUGCCUUCAUACAUGUCAUGGCUAACGUACUUGAGUUUUAUGCGCUACGGAUUCGAAGGGUCGAUGUUGUCCAUUUACGGUUACGAUCGAUCGCCGCUCACAUGUUCAAUGAGUUACUGCCCUAAUCGCUAUCCUCAAAAGAUUUUGGAACACUUCAACAUGGCCGACAGCUCGUAUUACUGGUCAGUGGUCGGUAUGUUGGUCUUUUUCCUCGCCGUACGCGUGACUGGUUAUUUUGCCUUGAGCUUCAAGCUCAAGAGUAUGCGUUGAAUAUUCUUGUUAUUUUAAUUGUUACCCUGCUAUUCCCUUUUGUUAUAAUCGUUGUAUUAAAAAAAAAAUUGUUGUUUGACACAAGACCAUCGACAGCGUUCGUAAGUACGAAAUACGUAAGUAAUCAAACGUCACACCCAUAGUUAAAUA